AUGGGUAAACAUAAUAAGAAGGAACCAAAUGUUGAAACCGUAAUAACUAAAUCAGGUGAAAAGAUAAAGGUGUUUGACGAUUUAGCUCAAUUCGAAACGUACAUUAAGAAUGAAACUGAAGAUGAAGAAUUUGAUUCUGUCCAUUGUCGCGUGAAAUACUAUCCCCCAUUUGUAUUACAUGAAGCCCAUGAUGACCCAGAAAAGAUUAAAGAAACAGAGAAUUCGCAUUCUAAAAAGUUUGUGCGUCAUUUACAUCAACACAUUGAAAAACAUCUAUUAAAGGAUAUUAAGACGAGUGCUGGUAUACCUGAUUUAAAAUUUAAAGACAAAUCUGAACACAAACUGCCAGACCAGAUUACAUGGAAGUUCAAUGAUAAGACCGAGUAUCAUGGUAAACCAUUUGAGAUACAUAUCAGCGCCACUUGUUACGGUGAUAGUGCUAUAGUAGAUGUUGAUUAUAUGACUCUGCCAAUAAAGAGCUUGUAA